CGGAGCAGGAAGUAGCCUGUGCUGUCCAAGCCGGAGCAUCUGGUAGGGAGAAUGGAUGAAGAUGAGCUUGAGGUGUUGGAGGAGCUGGAGGCCGUGUUACACCUGUCCCCAGAGGUGCAACAAGCCAUAGAGCAGGUUUUUCCAAGUCAGGAUCCUCUGGAUCGUGCAGAUUUCAAUGCUGUGGAAUAUAUCAAUACACUAUUUCCAACUGAACAGUCUUUGUCCAACAUUGAUGAUGUAGUUAGCAAAAUUCGCUUGAAAAUAAGGCGCUUGGAUGACAACAUUAGAACAGUUGUACGAGGGCAAACAAAUGUGGGACAGGAUGGAAGACAGGCUCUUGAAGAGGCUCAGAAAGCCAUACAGCAACUAUUUGGCAAGAUCAAAGACAUCAAAGAUAAAGCAGAGAAAUCUGAACAAAUGGUUAAAGAAAUCACUAGGGAUAUUAAGCAACUGGACCAUGCAAAGCGUCAUUUGACCACCUCGAUAACAACCCUAAACCACCUGCACAUGCUGGCUGGAGGAGUGGACUCAUUGGAGGCCAUGACUAGGAAAAGACAAUAUGGGGAAGUUGCCAACCUUCUCCAAGGAGUGGUGAAUGUGCUGGAGCAUUUUCAGAAGUACAUGGGCAUCCCACAAAUUCGCCAGCUCUCAGAAAGGGUUAAAGCAGCCCAAACGGAGUUAGGCCAACAGAUUCUAGCUGAUUUUGAGGAAGCUUUUCCAUCACAAGGCACAAAGAGAACUGGUGGGCCCAGUAAUGUCCUGCGCGAUGCCUGCUUGGUUGCCAAUGUUUUGGAUCCUCGGAUUAAACAGGAGAUCAUCAAGAAAUUCAUCAGGCAACAUCUCUCUGAAUACCUGGUGCUCUUCCAGGAAAACCAAGAUGUUGCCUGGCUUGAUAAAAUUGAUAGACGGUAUGCUUGGAUAAAGCGACAACUGGUCGAUUAUGAAGAAAAGUAUGGUCGCAUGUUCCCAGUCGACUGGUGCAUGACUGAACGCAUUGCUGUGGAAUUUUGCCAUAUCACAAGAAACGAUCUUUCUAAAAUUAUGAGGACAAGAGCCAAGGAAAUUGAGGUGAAGCUGUUGCUUUUUGCUAUUCAGAGGACAACUAAUUUCGAAGGACUCCUUGCAAAACGAUUUUCUGGCAGCACCCUAAGUGACACUGUUGUGAAAAAGCCAGAACCGCAGCCACUGGCCUCCACCAAUCCUUUCCUGGACGAUGAUGGAACAGCUGACGAAUCUCCCCUGGACAAAGAAGGCGACUUGGAUAAACCAAAGAAACCCAAAGCGCCAGAGAACCCAUUUCAUGGAAUUAUUUCCAAAUGUUUUGAGCCUCAUCUAUAUGUGUAUAUAGAGUCCCAGGACAAAAACCUGGGUGAAUUAAUUGACCGCUUCGUUGGAGAUUUUAAAGCCCAAGGUCCUCCAAAGUCAACUUCAGAAGAUGCUGGGGCUGUCCUUCCAAGCUGUGCUGACCUAUUUGUCUAUUACAAGAAGUGCAUGGUGCAGUGCUCACAGCUCAGUACAGGGGAGCCUAUGAUUGCCCUCACCACAAUAUUCCAGAAAUACCUGCGGGAAUAUGCCUGGAAAAUUCUUUCUGGUAACCUUCCUAAGACCACCAGCAGCAGUGGUGGGCUUAAUAUCAGCAGUCUUCUGAAGGAAAAGGAGGGCUCUGAAGUGGCCAAGUUCACCACAGAGGAACUGUGCCUAAUCUGUAGUAUCUUGAGUACAGCCGAGUAUUGCUUAGCAACAACCCAGCAGCUUGAAGAGAAGCUGAAAGAAAAAGUAGAUAUCACCCUGACCGACAGAAUUAACCUUACUGGAGAGAUGGACACUUUCAGCACCGUUAUCUCAAACAGUAUCCAGCUUCUUGUGCAAGAUCUGGAUUCAGCCUGUGAUCCAGCUCUUACGGCAAUGAGCAAGAUGCAGUGGCAAAAUGUGGAACAUGUGGGGGAUCAAAGUCCUUACGUUACCUCCAUCAUUCUUCAUGUCAAGCAGAAUGUUCCCAUUAUUAGAGAUAACCUCGCCUCAACCAGAAAGUACUUCACUCAGUUCUGCAUUAAGUUUGCAAAUUCUUUUAUUCCAAAAUUCAUCAACCACCUCUUUAAAUGCAAGCCUAUCAGCAUGGUGGGUGCAGAACAGCUUCUUCUGGACACACAUUCAUUGAAAACGGUUCUGUUGGACCUACCUUCAAUUGGGUCUCAAGUUCUGAGAAAAGCACCAGCCAGUUACACAAAGAUCGUGGUGAAGGGUAUGACGCGGGCAGAAAUGAUACUAAAGGUAGUGAUGGCGCCACAUGAACCUUCUGUUGUGUUUGUGGAUAAUUAUAUCAAACUGCUUGCUGAUUGCACCACAGAAACAUUCCAGAAGAUACUGGAGAUGAAGGGCCUAAAAAGAAGUGAGCAGAGCUCCAUGUUGGAUUUGUUUCGACAGAGGCUUCCAGCACCACCUUCUGGCGCUGAUAACAGUUCCACGACCCUUCAGACUCCCACUCCAGAGCAAGAGUCAUCCCGGAUACGCAAGCUGGAAAAGCUCAUCAAAAAACGGCUGUAAACAAGCAGAUCUCAUUUACAGAUGCUAGUUAGACAUGAUACAAGUAACUGUAACGUAAAUAUUUCAACAGCCAUCCUGGUACACUGUCAGAUCUCUUUUCAAUGAAUAAUGUUAUGUGUCAACAAUGUAGGAAUUCAGCCUGCUCAAGCACAUUGUGUCUGACUGUUAUGGGGCUGUCUCUGUCUAGACAGAACAUAUCAAGAUCAUCCAUUCCCUCAAGCAUGUAAAAGGCACUGCGUGGGAGUAUGUGGUCACACAGAAUUACUCUUCCUAAUUUUUCUCUCUGGUCUUAACUAAGGCUUUGUAUGUAGGCACAUAGCUGUGACUCUUGUCUAUUUCAGGAAAUUUAUUUUGUUGAAGAACUUGUUUCACUUCUGUUACACAUUACAAGCAGAUAUUACUGUCUGCGAGAAUGGGGGAGGGGAGACUAAAAGUGUUAGAGUGAUGUACAGAGUUUUCCAAACCAACAUAGUGCACACUUUCCUGACACUUCCAGAGUUAAUGGAGAUGGCCAUCUGUAUGUAUAUUCAGUAUCAACUGUAUUUGUUUUGUAACAUUGUAUGUGAGAAGAGCAAAUCUUUAUUAACUUGUGUUUUAAAUAAUCAGGUAGCGCUCACUGCAUACAUGGUCACAUUAAGUUUCUCAACCUGCAUUGUGUGUACUAGUGGCAGUGCUUCAGGAAUUGUUUAAUAUGAGAAGCUAAUAUUAACAUAGCUGGUUUGUUGGAGUGUUCACUGAAUUAAAUAUUAAUACUUGGGGACCUAAAUUGCAAACAUGCUGAACCCUGUCAUAAAAUAUGGAUAACAACGGUUCUGCUUAAUUUUAGAUUGGAACUUUAAAUUCUUUGAGCAACUGAAUUACAAUGAAACCAUUGGUCCAUGUGGUACCUUUUAGAAUUCUGUCUAAAUUUGCUUGCUAGCCACUGUCCCAUAAAUAAGGACCCCCUAUACCUCUUCAACAUGCUGAUAUCUUGCUUCAGUUUAUUAGUCAGUUUAUUUUGUACAAAUAACUCUAUAGUUGAAACAAUGUAGGUAAACCAGAAAACGCAACAGACAGAGUGCCCAAGGGCUGUCAGGGAUCCCAGGCUGCCUCUGAGGCUGAUGAAGCAAAUUGCUUUGGCUUUUCCAGUCUAAGCAUUGUUAUCCACAAAACUGAUACUUCAUGAAGUCAAUGUUUGAACUCCAAAUCA